UCUAUGGUUCGGGGAAUCUCCAGGUCGGGGCUUGACCGGUCCGACUUUUGCGCGUGCGCGAGUCCUGGCGCGUGCCCGCCCUCAAGCAACUGUUCGACCCCGCGGGUGGGAGGGGUGGGUCUGGGAACGUUGCGGCGGCUGUCGCUGCGGCCCCAGCACCCAGAGCUGUUCUCUGGCCAAGCCUGCGCCUGUAGUCCUUCUUUGCCUCCUGGGGCGGCCGCCACCCACCCCCAGAUGGUGGGUCCGGAGGAUGCCGGAGCCUGCUCGGGAAGAAACCCCAAGUUGCUCCCCGUGCCUGCGCCGGACCCCGUGGGCCAGGACAGGAAGGUAAUCCGGACCACGGGCGGCUUUGGCGGAGGCGUCGGCACUGUGGAGCCGCCGGAGGAGGCUGACGAGGAGGAGGAGACGCCGCCUCGGCAGCUCCUUCAGCGUUACCUCGCGGCGGCCGGGGAGCAGCUGGAGCCGGGGCUCUGCUACUGUCCGCUCCCCGCUGGCCAGGCCGGCGCCCCGCCGCCCUCGGCAGCCCCACGAUCGGACGCCUGCCUGCUGGGCUCGGGCUCCAAACACCGCGGCGUGGAGGUGGCUGAUGGCCGCGCGCCGCGGCACGGAGGCAUGACCAACGGCGACUCGGGUUUUCUGCCGGGCCGGGACUGUCGCGAUCUGGAAGAGGCUCGCGGGCUGGCGCGCGCCGGCGGCCGGGAGUCGCGCCGCCGCCGCCCCUACGGCCACCUUCGCCUGGAGGGGCCUGGCGACGAGGACGCGGACGGCGCGGGAAGCCGGUCCGAUUGGGCCUCUCCGCUUGAGGACCCGCUGCGGAGCUGCUGCCUGGUGGCCGCGGACGCCCAGGAGCCCGAGGGCGCGGGCAGCGACUCGGGGGACAGCCCGGCCAGCAGCUGCAGCAGUAGCGAGGACUCAGAGCAGCGGGGAGUCGGCGCCGGGGGUCCCGAGGAGGGCGCGCCCCCUGCCACCUCGGCCGAGAGGACUAGUCGGGGUGCGGAGCCGCGCCUGGGCUUUUCUGACAUUCACUUCAGCUCUCGGAACACGUUCCAGGUGAGCCGCGGUCACAGCGCCCGCGAUCACCUGUCCCCGGCGGGGCCGACGGUGCCCUUGCCCGCCGCGGAGCAGGGUCCUGCGGGGACUUCGGUCUGGGCUCGACGGAGUGGCGGCUUCGCGGACUUCUUCACCAGAAAUCUUUUUCCAAAAAGGACAAAGGAACUCAAAUCAGUUGUCCAUAGUGCUCCUGGUUGGAAAUUAUUUGGUAAAGUCCCUCCUAGAGAGAAUCUUCAGAAAACAUCCAAAAUCAUUCAGCAGGAAUAUGAAGCACGAACGGGGAGGACCUGUAAACCACCACCUCAGUCUUCAAGACGCAAGAAUUUUGAAUUUGAGCCGCUUUCUACCACUGCCUUGAUUCUUGAGGAUCGACCAUCAAAUCUUCCUGCCAAAUCUGUGGAAGAAGCUUUACGUCACCGACAAGAAUACGAUGAGAUGGUGGCUGAGGCUAAAAAACGAGAAAUUAAGGAAGCACAUAAAAGAAAAAGAAUCAUGAAAGAACGAUUUAAGCAGGAAGAAAAUAUUGCAAGUGCAAUGGUAAUUUGGAUCAAUGAAAUACUGCCCAAUUGGGAAGUAAUGCGUAGUACAAGAAGAGUUCGAGAAUUGUGGUGGCAGGGAUUGCCCCCUAGUGUCCGUGGGAAAGUUUGGAGUCUAGCUGUAGGAAAUGAACUAAAUAUCACUCCUGAACUUUAUGAAAUCUUCCUCUCAAGAGCAAAAGAACGGUGGAAAAGUUUCAGUGAAACAAGUUCAGAGAAUGAUACAGAAGGUGUAUCUGUUGCUGAUCGAGAGGCCAGUCUGGAAUUAAUUAAGUUGGACAUAUCCCGUACAUUUCCAUCUCUCUACAUCUUUCAGAAGGGUGGUCCAUAUCAUGAUGUCUUACAUAGUAUUUUAGGGGCAUACACAUGCUACAGACCUGAUGUUGGUUAUGUGAAAGAAGCGUUACUCGAACACAAGCUCUACAAUACCACAACAGUUGAUCUUAUAACCGAGAUGGCUGCUAGGCAGGUCCAAGGGAUGUCCUUCAUUGCAGCAGUACUCAUUCUCAAUUUGGAAGAGGCAGAUGCCUUUAUCGCAUUUGCCAAUCUCCUGAAUAAGCCAUGCCAGUUGGCCUUUUUUCGUGUGGAUCACAGCAUGAUGUUGAAAUAUUUUGCAACAUUUGAAGUAUUCUUUGAAGAAAAUCUCUCCAAAUUAUUUCUUCACUUCAAAUCUUACAGUCUUACACCAGAUAUAUACUUGAUAGACUGGAUCUUCACACUAUAUAGCAAAUCACUACCACUUGAUCUGGCCUGUCGAGUCUGGGAUGUAUUUUGCAGAGAUGGGGAAGAAUUUUUAUUUAGGACUGGAUUAGGAAUCCUCCGAUUAUAUGAAGAUAUUCUCCUGCAGAUGGACUUUAUUCAUAUAGCACAGUUUCUAACUAAAUUGCCAGAAGAUAUCACAUCGGAAAAGCUGUUCAGUUGUAUUGCAGCCAUUCAGAUGCAGAAUAGCACCAAAAAAUGGGCUCAGGUCUUUGCAUCUGUAAUGAAGGAUAUUAAAGAAGGAGACAAGAACAGUAGUCCUGCUUUGAAAAGCUAGUCUUCAAAAUUGACAGACUAACUGACAUAGAAAAAGUGGUUUUUGGAUAAAGGUUUUUUGUUUCCUAUGUAAAAGGUGUGGAAGAAAAUGUUGGAGAUACCUAAAAGAAUCAAGAGGUGGAAAACUGCUGAUUUUACAUUUUAUGACUGAAGUAAAUGAAAUAAGUAACUUACUGACAGUAUUAAUAAACUAUUAUUUUGUAGGUAGAGUCAUUUUUCAAAGGAAAAAGUUUAAAUGGUGAGUUUAUACUCCACAAUUUGGAGUAAACAAAAUGCAAUAAAUUUUUAAAAUAGCUUUGAAGAUACUUCAAAUUUUUACAUCUUUUCUUUUGUAACAGUUACCACAGAGAUACUCUGGAGGCUAGAGUAGGAUUGUUAAAUACUACUGUUAACCUCCGAAGUACUAUAGUACAGACAUUGUUUCCAGUUCUGACCUUUUGAAGAUAUUAUAGACCAGUAAUGAACAAAUUUGGUUGUAAAUUAUUUAAGUCACUGAAGAUGUCAUUUAUUUUCAUUCACAAGUUGGGGCAAAUUCGAGUUACCUAGGAACUGGAAAUGUUGGUGGGAGAUUGUUUAUUGUUUGUUUAGAUGUUUUUCCAUAGUAUUGUGUCCAUUCGUUUUUUAAGGGAAAUUUUUUGUCUUCCUUAAGGAAUUCCUAUCACUCAGAGAAUUUUAGCCAUUCUGGUUCUAGUCUAACAAAUUAUUCAUCUAAUAAUUUGACAUUAAGAAAGCUAUAAAUAACUGGUAGAAGGAAAGUUCUUUGCACUUUAGUGGAUUGAAGACUUGACUUUGAGAGUAAGUCCAAAAACAUAUAUGAUGUUUCUCAGUGAUAAGAGUAAAAAGUAAUGAAUCCUGAGAGUUCUUAAACAGCAUGCUACUUGGCAAGACUUCAUAUUUUUUAGUUACAAUUCUUCCACUGUUUAACUCCAGUUUGAAAUUUGAAAUCUAAUAUGUAGCUAAAUCUGUGACUUGUAAAACUCUAUGCAUAAUUUUUCCUAAUCAGUGGAAAUAAGAAUAAAAGAAAAAGGUAAAGUUAAUUUUUUUUCUAAGUCUACAUCCUAUCUCUUGAUUCAGUUGCCUGAAGAAGCUGUGUAAGGAGAUUAGUCUUGUUAUUGAUUCCUUUGUGUGUCAGUGCCAUCUUAAUCUCUUCACAUGGUACACUAAAUGCUGCCUAUAACCCAUCCUCGUCUUCUUUACUCAUCAUUGCUUUCUUCAAGGAAGGUCUUGAUACUGCCUCGUCUACCUCACUAUCUGCUAGUCUAGAUAGUGACUCUUUGGAAGAUUGGUAGCCUCUGAAUGAGUUAUCCAACUUCUGCUUCCUCACACUGGCCACUUUGCAUAGGUUCGGGAACUUAGCAGGUUUUAAAUCAUCAUGCCCAUGGAGGUGAAAUACUUUGAGGAAUGGGAACAUCUCUUCACUGUGUUUUUGGAUCAGCCUUCUCUCAACCGCCAAGAAAUGCAUGAUUUCCCUGCCAACUCUAGGAAGUAGUGCUGCAUGAUUGAAUCAUUCUUUGAUGAAUUCUUUCAUUGUAACAUAGGGAGUCAUUUCCAAAAAGGUAGAUAUGAGCUUAAAUUAAAUUGACUUAUGAAUGCUUUGCCUGUGGGCCCAACAGUGUCAUGACCCUCCAAUUGAAACAUAGCAUGAAUUAUUUUUAUGUCGAGUUCUUGAACUGCUAAUCAGUUGUGUGUUUCCUUGAAGUCCAGAGCAGGAUCCAGGUCAGAUGAAGGAGGUGGUAUGCCUGGCUUAACUGCUGAAAAUAGAGCAUUGAAACUCUUCACAAUGUGCUGCAUUGGGUUUCUGCUUGGCUUUCUCACUGAAUAGUAAAUUGGGGAAAAUGCUGCUUUUACUGUUUUGCAUUUUAUAGCAACAUUAACAGUCUUUUCCCAGUCAGGUGCUGUCCAGGGAACAUGUUUCCCUUGGGAGGUCUCAAAAGAGUGAUCUGGCUUGAUGUAUUUCCUGAGCUCUAGUACCAUAUCAUAGAAUUAGUUAAAUGUAGCCAACAGCAAUGUCAGAACAAUUGACAUUGUCUUUCCAAGAGUGAAUGCAUUGGCUUUCGGAACUGCUACUAGAGACAUACAUGAGGGAGCGAACGCAUCUUUAGGUGGCGGCAAGGCUAUAUCUGAUUGACAGAGAUCUCUGAUCUCUAAUGACAUAUUGCUAUGGUCCUAUUAUGUUUAAAUUUGAACCUAAACUAAAUCACUUGAGUGUUAUGAGUGAUGGCUAUAUAACAUGCUGUUUGGUUAGAUUUACAGUGUGUUUUUAUGUUGCAGUUUAGUUUGAAACAACACUUAAGCACGCUAUUUCUGUUAGUGUAUAUAGUUUUCAAACUAACAAGCCUGCGAUCCUUGUUAGUGUAGUGACUGCCUCUUUAGGAGUAUGGGGCCCUAGGGUGCCCAUAUAUUUUUACCCCAUGGGUCAUUCUAGUCUAAGGACUACUAGUAGAACCCUCAAAAGGUAAUUGCUAUUAUAGGGACUUACUUAUUGGAGACUGGAAAUAUAAUAAAAUAUUGAAGGAGUGGCCAUGGUCUUAGCAGGUUUUAGAAUGACCUUUUAACUCCAGUAACUACUUCCUUGGUAUUGGUAUCCUUGAUAGAGGGAAUAUAACCUCUGGCAGUAAUCUCAUUCAGGUUAUACUACCUGACUAAAUUUAAUCAUACUUUCAUGUAUUUGUUUCCUCAGUUGGACCUAAGUUACUGUAUUUGUUUUUCUUAUUUUUUUAUUAUUGUACAGUUUCUUUACCUUUCAAGUAUAAAUGUGUAUAUAAAAUGUAAAUACAAAGAAUUCACUAAAAACCACUCAUAACAAUUACUGUGUAAAUAAAACUGGUAAGCAGAGUAA